GAUGGGACGGGUGUGGCGGGCGGCGACUGUGGGUGUCAGGAGGGAGAUUUGGGGGUCUGGCGGAGCCGCCUGUGGUGGUGGGUGACGAGGAGGCUGUGAGGGAGAUGGUGGAGCCGGCCAAUUCGUGGGGCGCUCGCGGGUCAAGGGCUUGGAGUGUCUGUGAUAAAUCAGUGAGCCGGGGUUCGCGGCGGACGAGUGGUUGUGGAGCCGGCGGAGGGAAUUAAGUGGGUGAUGGGGCCUUUGGCGCGAGUCGUAGUGGGAGCGGCUUUGGGCGGAGGCCGAGACUCGUGGGCUUGGCAGUUCUGGGCAUGAGGGGCAGGGAUCGGGAGAGAGGAAGUCCCUGAAGCUGCCCCAGUGUGGAGACGCUGGACGGCGAGUGUGUGCCGUCGGGGAUGCGGCCGAAGGGUGGUUUUCCGGAGUGAUUAGGACUCUGCUCGUCAGUGAUUUAGAUGCCUCCGGGUCGGCAGGUGGGCCCAGUGUGGAUGAACCAUAAGAUCUUGGUGGAGGUCUGUUUGGGGGAGCUCAGAAUUGGCGGCCCGAGGAUUUCUUCGACUGGAAGGCCUGUUGGUUUGUGACAGUGCUGGAUUGUACUGAGAGCUGGGCUCCCGGGAAGCAGGAAGGUUAAGACGUCUCCCCCCCCCCCCCCCCCCCCCCCCCCCCCCGUCUCCUGUUCCAGGAAGCAUGUGUUCUGCGUAACACGUGCCCCCUUGUUGGCGGUGACGCGGCCGGAGAGCAGUCCUCCAAACUCCCAUCCUUUGCCCCACCAGCGAUGAGCUGGACUGUCGUCCCCACUGAGCAGUCAGGAGAAGAUGAUUGUUACUGAGACGUGGGACUGAAGCCUCCUUCUCCCCCGCCUCCCCACCCCCGCCCCAGGCCCUGAACUUUGAUUCACUCCCUACUUGAGCUGCUUUGCGCCCCCUCCUUUCCGAGAACUGCCCUCCUCUGAUCUACUCUCUGAUCAUCCUGCCCUUUCCUUCCACGCUCCUGGUUCUUCUGACCUUGUAUCUCCCUUUCCGUGGAAGGAACCACGUAGGUCUUUGCCCUGCGUAGAUGCUGGCAACUCUUCCGGCCACCGCGUUCUCCCUAUUGUAGUAUGCCCCCGCCUCCUGCAGUAAUUAUGGAAUAAGGUAUUUCUUUACAUUCUGUUUGGCAGUUCAGCGGUAGCUGUUUCGGAUGGAGGGGGAGGACCGGGGUGGCCUGUGCUGCUGAGUGGUCUGUGCCUGGGUUUGGGAGGUUUUGUGGUUGAGGCGUCAGGGACUGGGGCACUGCGUGUCAGUGACAAGGUCUGGAUAUGAGUUGGUGGGUGGCCUGUGGGGGUUGUGAGCGAGCAGACGGAGCGGGUAGUAACUAGAGUCAUUGGAGGUAGCGUGUUAGGGCAGGGCAGAGCCGGCGGCCCGUUCAGGUGACGAUUGUGAGGAUCUGUAGGGGUGCUAGUGAAUGGUGGGUGAGCGUGGGGUAGAUUAGAAAGUGGGGUGUCAUGGAAGUGAGUGGUUGGGGUCCCCGUAUGAUUACGGAUUGGGCAUCCCCUGGGUUCAGUUCUGUGAGAACCGGUGAUUGGGGCACUGUUAAGGUGAGUGGAUGGGCAACUGAAGGAGGGAGGGCUUGGAAUUCUGUAGGGGUCCUUUGGGACUCAGUGUUUAGGAUUGCACUGACUCCAUUCCUAGUCAAUGAACAGACUCUGCUGAGAUUACUGGAUGGGAGUGUAGGGGAGCCAGUGACGGGUUUCUCGGCGUUAGUGUUUAGAAGCCUGUGGGAAUCAGUGAUGAGGGGCUGUGCCGUCAUAAUCAGUCAAGGGACCUAUAGGAAUGACCAUGCGGGGUGCUUGGGGCUGAGCGAGGGGGAGCCUGGAAUGAUCAGGAAUAAAGGGUCCUAAGGGUAUCUGAUUGGGGGCGGGGCUGUGGAGACACUUUGGAUUCCAUUGAUUGAUGCACUUCUGUGCGUUGGUUUUGUCACUGGGGGGUUGGUGAUUGGGGGCUUUGUAGAGCAGUCACUGGAGACCUACCAUAUGUGUAAUUGAAGGUCCUGGAGGGCCGGCCUGUGGAAUCAAUAAUGAGGGUCCUAGUGGGAUGAUGGGCUAGUGGGAUAAGUGGGAGUGGGGCUUAUGGGGCUCAGUGGUUGUGCGGUCUGAAAUUUGUGAGGUCCCUGUUGUGUUCAGUGAAAUGGGGGCUGGAGAACUCUCAGGUGGGUGGGUGGGGAACUGGGAGCCUUGUGAAUGCUAAAGGUUGGUCCGUGGGGUGGGGUGGCUGGGGGUUCAGUCAUGCAAGGUCUGUUGGACCUCGUGUGUGAUUGAGGCCAUCUUUGGUGAUUAUGGGCCUGUGUGGUUGUGUUUGUGGGUGUGGGUAGUCUCAAUGAGUGCUGACCAUGCAUUGGCUCAGGCAAGACUCACAGAGUGACUUCUGUUAAAUGACCAUAUUCUCUUUUGUUCUUUGGUCUUUCUCACCCAACACAUCACUGUGUUGGUCAGUGACGGCUCCUUUUACUGAAAUAUUUCCUCACUUAAACGUUCUCAGCUGGUUCAGCCUCAUUGCCCUCCUCUAUCCCCGAACCGCCUUCAGCUCUCUCUAGCUCCAGCCGUUUGAGUGUGGUGCUCCCUGAUGGGCAUGCUCUUCCCACAGGCGUCCACAGUGGGUUCCAUCCUCUGUUCAGGACUCAGCUAAAAGUCAUUUCCAGGAUGCCUUUUCUGGCCGUGGGAAGGAGCACCCUCCACCCACCCCUUCCUCUGUCACAUUUAAAAUUUCCUGUGAGCACUCUUUUAGUCUGACGUUACUUUAUUGUUUUCCGUCUUAGAAUGCAUUUCUUAGAGGACAGGGACCCUGUCUGUCUUGGGACCUUAAGUCGUCUCUCCCAUGUGUUCAGAACAGGGCCUGGUUGUGAGCGGCAUUCAGCAAACUGCUGCUCUCCUGGCCCGUAAACAAGACUGUGCAUGUGUGUGUGAGUAUGUGUGUACAUGAGAGUGCUGAAUGUACAUGUGCGUGUGAGGGCGGGGUGCAGGAGUAUGUCGGGAUCCUGAAGGAGGAAACGAGAGUGGCAGUUUGGGAUGUUAGUAUAGUCGGCACGUUCCCUUUUCCAGAGGUGAGAGAAGAUCCGUGCAUCAACCCCAAAGGGGUCCAAGCUAAACAGAAGCUCCUGGGGCACGUGGGCCUUUGAUCUCAGGGACCCCAGGUUCGGAUGGCAACAACUCUCUUUUUUCACUCAGGGCUUCCCAGACUGUUGAGACCCCUAACUGUGUCCAGGAGAGCUCCCUGGGCAUCUUGGAAAGAGGCAUUUCACCUUUGAAUGUUGCUCUCUGCUCUCCUAGAACCUUUUCUCAGAGAUUUGCCCUCCAGUCCUACACUCUUCACACUGGACUAAACAGAGUCCAGUUUCCCUGGGGGGAUCUGACUUUUAUGUAUAUACGCCACAAGUGGGCAAAACCCCAGUCAUUCUUCUCCCUUCCCACUUUUAGGAAUUUUUCCUGCUCUGGAUGCCCUUGCUCUGCCCUCUACCACUGUUUUGGGUCAAUAUUCAAAAUCCAGCCUGUCUUUCGAUUCUUUCUUGACUGCCCCACAAGAUCCUCCUUAUGUUGUUGAUGUGGGAACCUCAAUAUAAGGGAACCUCCUUAUAUUGUUGAUGUCUCCACUUACUGGCCCAAGUCGUCCCUCCAUUCUCUUCAUCAUAAGGUGGGAGACUUUCAAGGCCCUCAAGAGAUGAUGUCAGAAGCUGAUGUACAGGGUCAGGUCAAGGGUAAGAUGUGUUCAGAUGUUUCUUUUCUCCUGCCUGCUCACUGUCUGCACAGGGCAUGGGCUUUGCUGACCAAGCAGCAUCUGGUGAUGAGAGCAGCUUUGUCUCGUCUGUUUCCAGCCCUUGGCCCAACUUGGGGUGGGUAGUAACUGCCUCGGGGGGGGGGGGGCUGGUCUGGCCCCACUCUUGUUAGUUGCCCUGGGGCAAAACCUGGCAGUUCGCUAACAUCCAAGCAUAACUUCCUAUCUUCAUUUGCAGCAGAUUUGUCUCUAUGUCCAUUGGGACAUUGAAGACACCCUCACCUAUUCUUUAAUAGAACAGUGCCUUUAAAUAAAGAGCUCUUGCCCUAAACCUUCCACAGGUACUAUAUUAUCUCUUUGUUCCGUUUAUUUGCUGGAAAAGUGCCCACUGACCAGUCCACCGUGUCCAGUCUUCUUAAGUAGCCUGUCAGCCUGUGGAGACCAAGCUGGGAGCACCGGGAGCUUAGGUGCUCAGCAAACACCCUAGACCACAGGUAGAGACCACGAGUGCCAGACAGACCUCUCUUGGCAGGGCUGCUGCAAAAGGUGGGAUUUGUCCCUCUUGUCCCCAAGUUUACUGGGUACUGUGAUUUUUGAACAUUUCCUUUUAGGUGUAUUCUUAGGAAGGAAAUGACAUCUCUUUGUGACCUCACGCUGUGGAGUCCCCGGCUCUGAUCUUGUAUCUGGUUGAAUGUAAGUGACCUGGUCCAUGAGCAGUGGAGGAAUUCAAAGUGGCAUGGCUCUGAGGAACAAGAUAACUCAUGUGAGAUAAAAAAGAAGAGGCCUCAGGACUAGGGGUGCAUUCUCAGUGUACAGACAUUUGACCAGAGGCCUCUCUCCAGAGCAUCAGAACAGAGCAGAUUUUCCAAGCAGCUGAAAAUGAUCAAGUCACAGAUCUCAUUUGAGGAUGUGGCUGUGGACUUCACGUUGGAGGAGUGGCGGCUACUCAAUCCUACGCAGAAGAACUUGUACAGAGACGUGAUGCUGGAGAACUAUAGCAACCUAGUGUUCUUGGGUUAUCAAAUUAUCAAGCCUCAUGGGAUUUUCAAGCUGGAGCAGGAAGAGCCGUGGAUAAUAGAUGAAGUUCUAAGUCAGAACUUUUCAGAAAAAGUCUGGCUAGAUAACAAUCUCAAAAUGUGGCACCAGGAUAAUCAAGACGAGCUUAGAAGUAUGGAGAGAGGCGAUGAAUGUGAUGUUUUUAGGAAAAUAUUUCAUUCAAGCAUUAACUUUGUUCAUUUAGCAAUGAGACCCCAUAAAUGUGGCACAGGUGAAAAACAUUUGAAACAUCGUUUUGAGUUUCUUAUUUCAAAAAAUAACCUUGGAAGAAAGAAACUUGAUGAGCUCAGUAAGAAAUUUUUAUUCUACAUCAAACCUGAUAGAACCCAUGGUGGAAUAAAAUACUGUGAUUGCAAUACAUGUAGAAAGGCCAGCAGUAGAGAGUCAUGGCUCAUUGCAGACCAUAUUACACAUACUGGAGUCUAUUUAUGCAUGGAGUGCGGCAGAGUUUUUAAUAAGAAGUCACAGCUUAUUAUACAUCAGAGGACUCAUACAGGAGAGAAGCCCUAUGGAUGCAGUGAAUGUGGAAAAGCCUUCUCACAGAAGUCAUUGCUCACUAUUCAUCAAAGGACUCAUUCAGGAGAAAAACCAUAUGGGUGUGGUGAGUGUCAGAAGGCUUUCAGUAGGAAGUCAUUACUCAUUUUACAUCAGAGAACUCAUACGGGAGAGAAGCCCUACGGAUGCAGCGAAUGUGGGAAAGCUUUCAGCAGGAAGUCACAGCUUAAAAGACAUCAGAGGACGCAUACUGUCGAGAAACCAUAUGGCUGCAGUGACUGUGGGAAAGCUUUCUCCCAGAAAUUAAAGCUCAUUACACAUCAGAGAACACACACAGGAGAGAAACCCUACAAAUGUGGUGAUUGUGGGAAAGCCUUCUUUUGGAAGUCCCAGCUCAUCACUCAUCAGAGGACUCAUACGGGGAAGAAACCGUAUGCAUGUAAUGAGUGUACCAAAGCCUUCAGCAGGAACUCACUCCUCAUUAGGCAUCAGAGGAUCCACACAGGAGAGAAACCCUACGAAUGCAGGGAGUGUGGCGAAGCCUUUGUCCGAAAACCCCAGCUCGUGAAGCAUCAAGUAACUCAUACAGGAGAGAAGAACUAUCAGUGCAGUGACUGUGAAGAAGCAUUCUUUAAGAAGUCAGAGCUAAUCAGACAUCAAAAAACCCAUUUAGGGGAGAAACCCUAUGGAUGUGUUGAAUGUGGAAAAACCUUCUUUGGGAAGUCCCAGCUCCUGACGCAUCAGAGAACUCACACUGGAGAGAAGCCUUAUGAGUGCAGUGAGUGUGGGAGAGCCUUCACCCAGAAGUCAAGCCUGAUAUCACAUCAGAGGACGCACACAGGAGAGAAGCCCUAUGAGUGCAGGGACUGUGGGAAAACCUUCAGCGAGAAGUCAAGCCUCGUUCACCAUCAGAGAACCCAUACUGGAGAAAAACCCUUUGAAUGUAGCGAGUGCAGGAAAGCUUUUGCCUGGAAGCCACAGCUGCUAAGGCACCAGAGAAUUCAUACAGGGGAGAAACCUUACGAGUGCAGUGAAUGUGGGAAAGCCUUUGUUCAGAAAGUGCAGCUCAUUAAGCAUCAAAGAAAUCACACAGGAGAGAAAACCUAUGGGUGCAGUGAGUGUGCGAAAGCUUUCUUUGAGAAGGCACAGCUCAUUAUACAUCAGAGAAUUCACACAGGAGAAAGACCGUAUAAAUGUAGUGAAUGUGGGAAGUCUUUCACUAGAAAGUCACACCUUAUGAGGCAUCAGAGAAUUCACACAGGAGAUAAAUACUAUGGAUGCAGUGAGUGUGGGACUGCCUUCAGCAGGAAGUCACAGCUCAUGGCUCAUCAGAGGACUCACGUAAUCUAGAAACCACACGAGUGCCGUGAAUAUGGGAAAUCUGUCAGACUGAUAGGAGAAAUCCUGUCAGUGCACUGAGAAUGCAGGUCCCACCCAGCAGAGUUCAGAAAGGAGGGAGGUAUUUUUACGUAGACAGCGUAAGAGCCUUCUCCUGAAACACACAGCUUAUUACACGUUAAUGACUUGUUGGUGUGGAAGUCUUAUCAGUAUCCUAGUAGUGCAGAACCUGGUAGUCAGGAGUGACAGCUUCUCAUCAGAGGACCUAAACAUGAGGAGAAACUCAAUCGUUGUAAAAAUUGAGUGGGGGGUUUCGUCAAGAAAGGAUAAUUCGUGGUGCACUAGAGAAGACAUAUGCAAAGGAAAUACUGAGCAUCUUGAAUUAGAGAUUUCAGUAUGAAGGAGAAGUCCUAAUAGUUUGGAAGAAUUCUGGUAAGCAUGAUUCUAUCGAAAUAACCCUAUAGAGUUGUGUUGUAUAUAAGUUACAAAACUAGUUAAUUUUAAGUGGUAGCUGUGUUUUAAGUGUGAAGAUAUGCUUUCUGCUGUGGUGAUGCGGCAAGGGCCAGAUUAAUCCCCUGCCUUGAACAGCUAGAAACUAAAAUGUAUAUGAAAUAACGGUUUCGAGACCUAUGACAGGCGGAAGUGUGUGAUCCCUGGCAGAAGGUGUAGAGAGUGAGGUGAGCCCAUAAGAGCCCAGCCUGGUGCCUGGUGGCAGUUCCCAGGCUGCAGAUCAGGGAAAGGAACAAAUGUGGUCUUGCUGAAUCAAAGAGAAUUGCUGAAUUGGCAUUUGGGGAGGCCAGAGUAGCUAGAGUUUGCAGGGAGUUGUACUGGAGAGGAGGGAGCUUCCCAGAGAGAGGGCUGCAGAAAUCUACAAGGAGUCCGCUUAGUCUUUGGCUUAGUACUGAUUUGCACAUGUGUGACCAGAAAUUUCCUGAGUCCAGGAAAAGUGCUGGAAAGCAGUCCGCCGAACAGUUCCCAGAAAUCAAUGUAGGGCUGGGAAUAAAAUUCCCACCAUCUGAAAUGGCAACGGCUCUUAACACAUGGGGCAUCAGGUAGGAUUCCCAGCAGAGUAUUAUCUUAGUAGUGAAGUAAUUAAUCCUAGAUCGAAAGCUAGUCUGGACCCACAAUGUCUGGCAUCCAAAAACAUAGCUGGCAUACACAGAAGCCAUGAGAAUAUGACUUGUAACCAGGAGAAAAAUCAGUCACUAGAAAGAUACAGAAAAAAUGGAAGCAGUUGGCAUUAAAUAAGGAUAUUCAAAUAGCUUUUAUAGAUGUACAGGAAAACAGGAAUGUGACAGAUGAAUUGGAAGAUGUAUUUUUAAAAACCUGAGUGGAACUUCUCAGGAUGAAAACAACAAUAUCUGAAAAUUAAAACAAAACAACAACUUUGGAUGGAAUUAAGAGCAGAUUAGACAUAGAAGAUCAAUGAACUUGAGUGAAAAUAAAAACUGUCCAACUGAUGGACACAGGAAAAAAGAGAUUCGAAGAAAAGACAAUAGGGAGUUGGUUACAGCGAGGCACGUGUAUUCGCAUGGAGUCCUAGAAGGACAGGGCAGAGGAGAGGCCUAAGAAAGUAUUUGAGUAAAUAACAGAUGAAAUUUUUACACAUAUGAUGAAAAAUGUAACUCCACAUAUUCAAGAAGUUCAAAGAACCUCAAGAUCAUGAAGAAAAUCCUGCUGAUGGACAUCAUAGUCAAACGGAUAAAACCCAAUCAUAAAGAGAACAGUUGUAAAGCACCUGGAGAAAGACAGGAUACUUGCACAGAACAGAGGACCACACACACUUGUGGUCAGAAACUACUCGAGCUGGAACACAAUGGAGUGAGGGACAGACAACUUUACAUAAAACCCCCACCACCUGCCGUUUGUCUAUUUCCCAUCAAAAACAUCUUUCAAAAAUGAUAGCAAAAAAAAAAAAAAAAAGUUUCUCAGAGAAACAAAAUGAAAGAGACUUUAUCUAUAGACCUUAUUUCAGGAAACACUAAAGCAAGUUUUGGUGCGGCAAGAAAAUCCUAGGUGGAAAUGAGGAUCUACAGGAAGAAAAGAGGAGCUCUGGAAGUGGUGAAUAUGUGGGUAAAUAUAAAAGAUCUCUUUCCUCAUUUAAGAGUCUUUUAAAAUGGUAAUUGACUGCUUAAAGCCAAAUAAUGUAUUGUGGGUUAUGAUGUCUUUAGAAGUAAAGUGUAUCUCAACGACAACACUUAAGUGUGAAUCUUCAGAACUAGUUAAAUAGACUGCAUCCUCUGAGUCAGAAACCUGCUUCCCCAGGGCUCAGGGCAACUUGCAUGUGUAGCAGCCACAGAGUAGAAUGGCACAUGUGACGGGCGUGUGUAUGUGCUGCUCGUUCUCCACAUCCCCCCCCCCCUUCCCGGCUCUGCACCCCCAGGGGCUGUCCCCUAGGGACGGCCUCACCAGGGAUUGUGCUUAGGUUUGAACACGGGAGGUACUCAGUCAGCGGGCGGGAGGAGAGAGGUUGGAACACUUAACCCCACGCCCCUGCCUGGACCUCGGUGUGAGUGGUGGGUGUGAGUGGUGUCUGUGCCGGAAGGGCUGCAGCACACCCUCCCCCCAUCCCCCUGCUGCCCUCCUGGGGCCAUAGACCGUUUUUCAGUUAACGCUUCCUUCUCCUUGCUCUUCACAAUUUGGGGUGUUAACUAUUUCUGGGUGCUUACCGACCUCUGGUUGGUUUGGGUUUCCUUAAUUCAGAACACAUACCUGGACAUCGUUCCUCUAGUGAAUGUUCUUAGGUUAAUAUUUUGAGUGUAGCACUUGUUUUCUGUGCCAGGUGUUAAACGAGCAUUUAACACAAUUCUGAGAAUCAGUUACUGGGACAGAAUCAGUUACUGGGACAUGUGCCUCGUCGGGCAUAGACUGACAUCUAUCAAGAUUUCCCACACUAAAUAUCAAUAUUUUCUGUUUUUAACCAAUUCAGUAGAAAUUAUAACAAGUAACAAAAUUCUUUGUGUUUUUUUGUUUUGCUGCAAAUCUGAAUGGCUCCAUAGGUUGUUGUCUGCUACAUAUCCAGUGGUCUUGCACUUACACUAACUCUUGAAACCAAAACAUUUAUGAAGUCUUAUGCUACCUCUCGAUUAGCCAAGCAAUUUACAACAAAAAGAAAAAAAAAGUCAUUUAUGUUCAAUAUGUAUGGACAAGGAAAAAGAUAGUUUCUGAGUAAGGCAGAAGGGAAUGAUGCUUCAUACUUCCUAGCUUGUCAUUUAGAAACACUGUGCUGUGCAGUUAAAAUGUCCUCAUUCCAUAGUCUGUUGCUUUUUAUUACAUAUAAUCUAUGUAAUCUGUAACCCCCACACAAGACUUCCAUGUCAGGAUGAAAUAAACCACCAAAGAGGCCCAACAUA